AUCCAGACUUCCUCGUCUGCGCCUGUCAGCUCAUACUCAGUUCAUAAAUAGACACAUUAACGCGCCCGAGCCAAAAUCCCCCGCACUCAUGUGAACUUGGCCUUCGCACAGCCAAGCUGGCAUGGCGCAACCUGGUCAAUGUGACCGGUCAGCCCAUUCCGCGCCUCCGUCCACUUCGCACGAAACCAUCCCUUUCCAUGUGUCUCCCUUUCAUAGACGGCGUGCUGACGGUCCAUAACGGGCGGGCGUUUUUGAAAACGAGCUCAGUUUCAGGUCGUUCGAAAACGCGCUCAGCUUCAGGUCAUUUGAGAAGGCGCUGAGCGCCGUGGGGCGCCCGCCAACCUGCCAACUGAAGGUUGCAGUAACCCACGGCCAGCGCUCGCGGGAAGGAGGCCAGGUCGUUCGAAAACGAGCUAAGCCUGGUUGGCCGCCCCACCAGGGGCUGCAGAGUGAGGUGCGCGCACUCAAGUCCGAGAACAUGGGCCUGCAUGACCACAUCGACCAGAUGCAAGACGCGGCCAGCGCCAGCGCCGUGCCCAUGCCCAAGAUGCCACCCAUGCUCUUGGCCCCACCGCCGCAGCAGCCCGUCAUGACGCCACCAGCCACUAUGCUCGCGCUGCCGCCGGCCCCCCCAGCAGUGGUGUUUAUGCCACCUUCACUGGUUGUGCAGGGUCCGGAGGCCAGCAUGGAUGGCAGCAGCGGCUCUUCAAGCGGCGGACCCACCAUCAAGCAUGAGCCCAGCCGCCACCGCACAUCCAUCACGAUCGAUGACUCAACCUCGGCAAUUAGCAGCCGCGGCAGCAACAACAUGACCCAGGCUGUGCGCCGCCAUGCCGCGGCUGCUACUGCCACUACUGCGGUCCAGCAGUCCACACAAGGCACUGUUGGGUCCACGAUUGCCCCGCUGCCCACAAUCAAGCCAGAGCCCACCGCGCGCGCGCAGCCGCGCGCCAAGACCCCCACCGCCUCAUCCACCUCGACGGAAGACAGUGGUGGCAGUGACCCUUCGGUGAACAGCCCUGGAGUAAAGCAGGCCGUGGCGGUGCGCAGCAGCGGCACCGGCACCAGCCGCGCACUAGCCAAGUACAGCCGGCGGUUCUCAGAGUUGACCAAGGAGCUGGACCAGCCUGCGACCAGCGCAAGCGCAAAGGACACCCGCCGCCGCUUGCAUGAGCUGGCCUUUGCCAUGGGAAGUGAGGUGAACGACAAGGCUCUGAUGGACCUGACCAAGUCAAAGGCACACCGCAGCUACUACAACAAGGAGCCAUGGCAGCCCCGAUGGCAAGCAGUGGUUACCCUAGCAACCUGCUCGCGGCGCGGAGCCGGACGCGGAGACGCUGCAGAACUAUAAUGACAUCGCCGUGCCUG